AUGACACCCCAAAACAUGGUGGAUGAGGGCCCGACGGACCUGGAGCAGCAGGUAGACCAAAGCGCCGUGCGUCCGCCGCCUCCACCGCCCAUGUCGGCAAAGCCGCCCAGAAUCCUUGUCAUCGGAGCUGGCUCUCGGGGGCGCACGUAUGCUCGGGCGAGUAUCUCGUCGAGCAACGGUCUAGUCGUCGCGGUUGCCGAGCCUGAUCAAUACAAGCGCGAGCAGUUCGGCCGGAACUUCAUCCACGGCGCCGAUGCACCGCCUGACGGGUCGCUCUUCGCCGAUUGGCGUGACUUCAUCGCUUGGGAAACCAAACGACGGGAGAAAGAAAGGGCCGGCGAGACGGUCUCGGAAGGGGUGGAUGCCGUGUUUGUCUGUGUUCUUGACGAGAUGCAUCACGACGUCGUCGUUGGCUUGGCUCCUCUGGGACUUCAUGUCAUGUGCGAGAAGCCCCUGGCCACCACGCUCGCCGACUGCGUCAGCAUGUACCGCGCGCUGGCGCCGCUCCAGAAGAACAAGGUCUUCUCGGUUGGGCACGUGCUCAGGUAUAGUCCACACAACAUGAUGCUACGGAAGCUCCUUCUCGAGGACAGGGCUAUCGGUGAUAUACUGAGCGUGGCACACACUGAGCCGGUGGGCUGGUGGCAUUUCUCACACAGCUACGUCCGAGGCAAUUGGCGGAAAGAGUCAACGACGGCACCGUCCCUGUUGACAAAGAGCUGUCACGAUAUUGACAUCAUCCUGUGGUUGCUCUGCUCACCGGCGCCGAGCUCAGAUGCACCACCGCAUCUGCCGUCGACCGUAUCCUCCUCGGGGUCUCUGCAAUUCUUCAAGAGGAGUCGUAAGCCGAAAUCUGCUGGUGACGCUACAAACUGCCUAACUUGCCCCAUUGAACAAGAUUGCAUGUACUCCAGUAAGAGAAUCUACGUUGGUCCGAAGCACCAGGGCCUCGAGACUGGUAACACGCAUUGGCCGAUUAGCAUCGUCAUGCCGGAUAUUGAGAGUUUCGACAAAGGAAAACGCCAGGAUGCUCUCCUGUCCGCACUAGCAGAGGACUAUGAUGCAUCUACACCCAAGUCAGAUGUAGAGAAACGUAACUGGUUUGGCAGGUGUGUGUUUGAGUCGGACAACGACGUUUGCGACGAGCAGGUUGUCACCAUGACUUGGGACGAGGAUCCGCUGGCAUCAGGCGCUCCAUCCACAGAUGCGCUAGGCGGCAGAGGGGCCAAGCAGGCCACCUUCCACAUGAUUGCACAGACCAAGAAGCAAUGCGACCGGUACACGUACAUCUACGGCACCGAGGGUGAGAUCUAUGCCGACUCAAAGACUAUCACCGUAGAAGACUUCCGGACGGGGGAGACCAAGACCUACAAGCCGCGCCUUGAGAGUCUUGGUCACGGCGGUGGUGACGUCGGAUUGACGAGGCAGUUCAUCCUGGCAGUGGACCUUGUCAAGAACCACGGGUGGGCGGCCGAGAAAGCGCAAGCGGAAUACAUCGGAUGCACCCUCGAGGAGGUCAUUCGGAGUCACGCUAUGGUUUUCGCGGCCGAGGAGGCAAGAAGGGAGAAGAAGGUGGUGGAUUGGAAACUGUGGUGGGAGCACGAGGUUGCUCAUUCAUAG